UUGUAAGGGAAGACCCAAAGCCGAUUGUGACGCCCAAACAUGCCCAACCUCAGAAUAUGCCCGAACUGUAUGCGUCAGGCACUUGAUUUUCCACUUUGAAACUGUCCACAGAGGGCGCAGCGGCAAUCAUGGCCCGACCGCAAAUCACGACGCAGGGGCACGAGCGCCCAAUCGCGCCGCGAAUUGCGCCUACUUACUGCGAUGACGUUGUUGCUUGACCAAGGUUGCACCCGCAUACCACCAGCACUCCAGCCUACGGCAAUAUAUUCGCAGCCGUGCGCCGUGCUUCUUCACUCAGACCCGACUCGACUAGCGCUGCUCUCAAGUAUUUCUUGCGUUGUGUCCUCAGUACAAAAGCAUCUCUCUGGGACGGAAAUCCGGCAACGCAACACCCCGCAGCACAGGGUCUUAAGUAGACAGGCAGGGCUGGCAUACCAGUUCAACUCCCAUCAGCACAGCCAUGUAUCGCUCUUCAACUGGUAACCUCGCAAGCUACGAGGACGAGCCUCCUCGCGGUGGCGGUCAACGGUGGGAUCGCGAUAGGUUCGAGCGCAUGAGGGGCGGCCGCGGUCCUCCUAGCCGCGACGACGAACACGAGCACAUCCGCUUUCAAGAGCACGACCGCUUUCCUGGAGGCCGCCGUGAUGUUGACAUUCAUGAAGACUACGACCGCCAUGGUCCACCCAGCAGGCAACCUACUCGCGUUGCAGAGAGGGAGCGUUUCUUCGAGGAUGAUCGUUUCGAGCGCCGUGCUCCUCCCCGCCGAAACGACAUCUUCGACGAGCGCACGCCUUCUGAAGUAGCGAACCAAGCACUUGCCCCUUAUCGUCGGAAGUCUGUCAUUGACGAGGACAUCAAUAUCGACAUCAAAACCCAGGUCUCCAGGCCGCGAAAGCCAGCACGUCCACAGUACAUCCGGAGACAGUCAUCUCUGGACACAUUUGAUCGCCGUCCCCUACCUCGCUAUGGAGAGGUCGAAAAAUUCGAAAGAAACGAGUAUCACGAGUACCGCCCACCUGCCAACGUGCCUAUUCCGCUGCCAAUUCGUGAACGUCGUAGGUCACCAGAACGACGACGAUUUAGGCAGUCUGACGAGGAUCUUGCUUACGGGGAUCUUGGCGGCAGAGGCAGGGAGCGGGAAGAGUACCGCGAGAUCGAGGUUUCAAGGAACAAGAGCAGAGUACGAAGAAGCAAAAGUAUCGCGGGUUCCAGGCGAAGUUCAUCGUCUGAGAGCGUCUCAGAGAUCCAACUUCCUCGCGCGACUUGGGGCAAGAGGGGCAAGACCAGACUGCCAAAGCGACUGGUGAAAAGACAGGCAAUUAUUGAGCUCGGCUAUCCUUUCGAGGAAGAGGACGACUUCAUCAUCAUCACUCGUGCUCUCGAGAAGGAGCACAUUGAUGAGUGCAUAAAGGUUAGCGAGAACUACAAAGAGGGUAUGACGAACAAGCCGUGUUUUGGACCGAUAUCUGAUAUUUUGACAGAGAAAAUGACAUACGUUUACGAAGAGCGAGUCGAGGAGUUGUCCGCACCACCUCCGCCACCGCCUCCGGAGUUUGUAGCAGCACCACCACCACCACCCUCUGUCUACGCAGCACCACCACCUCCUCCUCCUGGCUCGGUCUAUGCUGCACCACCUCCCCCUGCGUCUGUUUAUGCAGCGCCCCCGCCGCCACCACCAGGUUCUGUGUACGCAAUGCCACCACCACAUCGCGCACCAACAGUCUAUGAGCCAUCGGUACGAAGCUUAUCGCCGCCCAGACAUGAGCACGAGAAGUAUGUCGAGAUCGAACGUUCAGCGACCAUGCAUGGGCCAGCAACGGCAUUCUUACCGGAGGGCCGUCAACUGGUUCGCCAGAGGGAUCGAACGGAACGCGAUAUUCGAGACGAGAUUCGCUCGCUAGAGGAAGAACGCCAGCUGCUUAAAUAUGAACGUGGUGAAGAUUACGACGUGGUCUACGAACGCCGUGAGCCUCGUCGCGAGGUUGUUCGUGUUGACAGGGACAAAAAGGGUAGGUUAGCCCUUGUCCGCUCGGCCCAUUGAGAACGGCAAAUUGAUAUCCGGUAGGACGACGCGAUCGGCCGAACCCGAAGCUCGUUGCAGCUAUGAUGUCUACUCUCACUUGAGAGCGACACGAGUUGCAUACGUUUAGUAGACGUUAUCUGGUCCGGCUAGGCACCAAGAAGGGGUGUUUCCUUCUACGCAAUCACGGCAGGAUGUUUGAAGACAUGCUUUCAAUUUAUCGUUCAGGGGAUUUCUUUGAGGUGGUAUAAUCUGAACCGCUAGGGGUAUUACAAUGUGUACACAAGAUGUACGAUCAUGAAUAACGAAUGAUACGCAUAACACCCAACUGUACCACUUCAUAUCCUGAGAGUGACGGAUUUAAAGUGAUGAGCUAAA